AUGUCCAACCCGAAUCCUAAUCUCGAAGUAGAGUUUAACAAACUAAACUUAAAUGAAACACUCAAGGAUACAUCCGUUAAUACAGUAUCUUCGGUCGACAAGAUGUGUAUAGGAUCUAAAUCUGAAACGUAUGCUGAAAGUACAAGCAAUGAUAAAGUUGAAGAUCAGGAACUUGACAACUUUGCUGAAAAUCUAGAUAUCAAGCAAUUCGCAAAAAAUAUCGAAGAAAUAAAGAAAUUCUAUAAAUUUGCUGGCCCCAAUUUUAUUUGGCCUUCUACUAUGAAUGUUCAUGCACGUCGUGAAGUUUUCGAUUUUAUAAUUCACCCCGAUUGGGAAGACAGGGGGGAGGAACUCGCUAAAAAUACAAUUGCGUAUCGUGAACUGCUCGAUACUAAAGCUUUUGAUUCUUCAAAAGGUAGUCAUGUAUUGAUUAUCAAUGGGAAAUUAAUCAAGUAUGGAGAUAAUGACCUUUCCUAUGAUGAAUAUGAUGAACUGCAGAAAGAACAUCCCGGGAGCUUUUACGUCCCUAUUAUUAAAAGAUUUGUUAUGUUGAGACAACGAUUGCAUAGUAGCUUUGAAAGUUGGCAGUCAACUUCUAUUCAAGCUUUUGGGUAUGGUAAAAGUACAAGGAUCACUCAAGUUUCAAAUCCUUGGUUGAUAUGCAUCGGUAAUGGAACUAACUGGUCCGACUGGGUCAAAACUAAAGAGAUUUACAUGGGCACCCAAUUCCCCAGCUGA